GUUGCUUUCAGGUUCAAGCGUUCAAUAUCCAUAAUCUACGAUAUCUACACACUUGACCACUUUAUCGAGCUCGUUGAAAAGAUUGAACGCCACACGAAUACCAGUAGCGAUACUUUGGAGCAGAUCGUAAACUACGUCCGGCAGCUUGGCUACAACAAUGAUUUGUUUAACAUCCUAUGUGGGCAAGCAAACCCUCUCCCCGAUGGUGUGCUAAAUUCAGAAGAGAAACGCGUCCUGACUGAAAUGGUCACCUAUAGCUUCGAUGACAACUCUAAUAGGGAGGGGGGCGUGGUAUUGUCACCUGACGGGGAAACCAUAGCGAUGGGUCACGUGAUCACAGGCAUUUGUGCUGGUUUGGUUCGAGAUCAGAGCAUGUCUCUUAACAAGUGGACCGCUGGAGCUCCGUUACUUGUAGACAACCUGUACACUGCAACCAUUGCUUACGAUCUUGCUGUAAGCGCAUUAGUCAGUUCGAAUUCUGGUUCUUCCAAUCUUGGGCCGUCUGGUUUCUGGUCUCCUAACAUGAAAUGCCCAAAGGACUAUCAGUUAAACCAAGGCCGGGUUUCUAAGGCAACUGACGCACAAAUAUUAGGUGAUAUUGAUGGUUUUCUCUUGGGAUAUGGUGUACCUGCUUGGAAGGGCAAAGGCGUUCGUCUGGGUCAGUUAUUAAGGAUGUAUUAUGGGUCAGGUACGUUUUAAAUGCUAAUUGGCAAUGCUGCUUUUGGUUCUGGUGUUGAAUAAAUGUGAUUACUAUUCAUAUCAUUGUUAUUACUAGUGUUUUUUUAAUACGGGGAAAUACGACCAUGUGCUUGCACUUUGACGUUUAAACUGGUUUUGUCGGUUUCUAGCCAUAUGACGGUCAUUAACCUUCUGUUGACGAAAACGGUUGUCCUGUGGAAUUUGCUAAUAAUUUAAUGUGCUUUUUCCAAAACAUAAUUACAGAAGAGUUAGAAAACAUGCUUUGGCAGUUGUAAUCCUAAAUCAAAUUUAAGACGUAAUUUUUAGAUUGUGAGGGCUUUUAAAAUUUCUGACUUUAAAUUUAGCUGCUGUAACCAUGAAUCAACUCUUGAACUGUUGCAACGUGGAAAGCUGUGGUAAAAUAAAAGAAAGCAAAAGAAGAAGAAUUAUUGGUAGGGCUUCCGCGAAUGGCUUUCUACGGGUCUUCUACGUAUUAAUUAACCUAAUAAUUAAAGAUCUGCAAUUUGCCUUUUUACAACAUAGGAAUUCUGUAUGAUACGUCAUACGCCAAAUGCCGAAGAAAAGCUAAAUUUAAAGAAUUAGUUGACAUUGAAGACGAGGUACUUCUUGGGCAGAUUGAAGGAUUCGCGCACGCGUACUACAAGAAAUAUACCUCAAAACUCACCAACGUCAAGGAAAACGACAUUUCGAACAUUGCCAGGAAUGUAAAUGACAAGUUUUACUUGUAUUUAGGUAAGAAAUAAGUUUCUUAGUCUGCGAAUACAGCCGUCUCUCCUCGCUCCUUACCGCUACAGAUGUUCCCAUGGGGUGACGAGAGACGGCCGUAUUCGUAGACGAGAAUUUUUCAUUUAUUGGUUGGUUCUUAAUCUGCUAAAUUGCUCUGACUCAACACUAACUUUUUUCUAUGUGACCUAGUAGACCAAUAGCUCUCCAUUCUUUGUUACUUGCUAAGAUCCUUACGAAAGGGAGAACGACCGAGGAGUCCUCUAGUCUCUUACGCUUGUCUUUGGAAAUUGUCGCUAAAAUGAGACGCUAGAGAUUGGUGUAAUUUUUUGGAGGGGGGGGGGAGCAGUCAAUAAUUUUCUCCUUUUUAUAAAUAUCUAUCUAGAAGAUUCCUUUCCAUCCAUUUGUGUUUGCCGUCUUUAUACAUUGUUCACAGAACAUGUUGAGAAGGUUAAAUAAUUGCUAUAAUUGUUUAGCCAAUUUUCUUGGGCGAUAAAUGUGCGACGAAGUAUUUCCAAAUUUUAGGCAUAAAAACUGUGGCUUUUCCACGAUCAUUACAUUGUUUAAUUAUUUUAAAUGCUAUCAGGGUCAUUAUACUGCUUGACUCUUUCCAUUUUUUUUUUUCUUACAGAUAAAGAAAUAGGGAAUACAACUUGUACUGACGAAGAUCAGGAUGGUAAGAGAGAGAAAAAGAAAACACGUUUUUCGAAAUUUGCUAUGAGCGCAUUGCGCAAAAUAUACCAUGUUUGAACCCAGAAAUUUCAAUAAGCAUUGUUUUUUAUUUUUCUUGGGAAGACUGUCAUAUUUAAAAGAAAUUGAAGACAAUUGUUAUGCAAAAUUUUGGGGGUGCAAACAAGAUCUAUUAUGGGCAAUACCAAAUUGGCGAAUUGGUUGACAUUCAUUUUCGUGCUCUUUCUUCGUCGGUGGUUUAAAGGUUCAGUUGCUUUUAAACCACUGAGGAAAAAGGAGCACCCUUGAAACGUCUGGUAAUUUUUCCUUGCUUUUCAACGCAUAUUUUGGUCAACGUUACCAUUCAUUACAUUUCGUAAACAAGUUGGAUGUGAUCCUCCGGCUUAAUAGGGCAGUCGAUGAGAUUGACUGAUGUUUCGACAACCCGAGUAACUGUGAUCGUUCUUGUCUAAGUAAACAUUUUAUUAGCAGUUGUCGCUAAAUUGUUAGUUCAGAUUUAAUACUAGUACUGUACUGUUAAGUCGUUAAUUCUGCUGACUGGGCUAAAGUCAAUGUUUGCGGUAUACAAAAUUUGUACAACCCUUACAUGACCUGUGAGUUUGAACCAUUCCCUCCGUUAAUGGUGCCCUUAUUGUAUUGUAACGUUCGGUGUUAUUGGUUUUAGAUUGCGAAAUUCCAGCGAACAUAGUAUUUCUUAUGGAUGAGUCGGGAAGCAUUCUAGGUGGCAACUACGAGAAGGAAAAGAAGUUUGUGAGGUUGGUAAAAAAGUACCAAAAAAGUACCCACGUUAUGUGAUUCUGUGAUUAUGACCUUUGACGUGUCUCAAUUCGUUCAUCUGAAAAGCCUCUUUAUAAUCGCCUUCUCCAGUUUUAAGAUAGAAUAUUGUACAAUUCCUAUUUUUUUCUUCGAUUCCAGCGGGUUGUAAUAUGUGUGGUUACACUAGACCUUUUCCUCAAAGCUCCCCUUGGGGAAACAGCUUGGGUUAGGCUUGCUAAGGGUUUGGUCACUUUCAUGUUUGUGGUUACGUGGUCAACAAAUCCGUCAUACACCAAAAGCUGCUUCCUCGUGGUCAACAGCCAUAUGCCCAUGGGUAAAACGGCUGGUGUAACCGCCCCUAAUGUCAUAUAAAUGUUAGUUUAGUGAAUUUUUCUCAGUGAUCAGCUGAGGUAUACGUUCUGUCUCAAAUUUGUUUUGUUUGGAAUUUACUUGUAUGAUGUAUAUUUUCCUUUGUCUCAAAGGCAUCAUUAUCGGAGAAAAACAAAAGACAAAAUUAAACGGAACUGAGAAUUUUCGUAAUCUAGAAAAAAGAUUGGACAUAACAUAUGCAUUGAUCAGCCACCUUAAAGUUGUAAAAUAUUUGUCCUCUGUUUUGUUUGUUUGUUUCAAUUUCGUUUUAGUUCCAGAUUGCAACCUCGACAAAACAAAAGUCAUCAUUACCUUGACGCUUAGCUCAUUACCUAUAGAAUUUUACACCUUAAAAAGUGGCUUAAAGUCAAUAAUCACAGCAGUGCACAUCAAUUCUUCCGUUAACGCCUUUAACUUUUGUUACCCAGGAAUAUCAUUGACGCGUUUGAUAUUUCUCCAGUACAAUCUCGCGUGGCAAUUAUCGAGUACUCUACCAGUCCUACACUUGCCGUGGCGCUCGAUAAUUAUGGCUCAAAAACCAGGUUAAUGUGUGCAGUAGAUACACUCCAAUAUAAUGGUAAGUAUCAACUUUCCACAGUUUAAGUGAUCGUUUACCAUUUACAAAAACGUUCUGGAAAAUCCGGUUGGAAAGUAAAUGAAACACGACUUUUUGGGUUGUUCCAGCGGAAAAUUUCCUGGAACAAAGGGAAAUCUGAAAAGGUGCGGUAGUUCGUUUUUUCCUAGCCUGCGAAUGCAGCCGUUUCUCCUUGCUCCUCGCCGCUAAGGACGUUUCGUCUUUUUCGCCAGGAGGAACGUCUGCGACUCAGCAACAGAAAUUCCAUACUGAUGACGUAAAAUCUGUCCGGAACCUGGUCAGGAGCUCCGAUUGGUAGACGUAAUAGUUAUAUUGUUUUACCUAAUGUUUAAGAACGACAGACAAAAGACAUAAGGCCACAAAGGUCAAAUGUAAGCGUUAUGAAUCAACUACAAAACAGCCAAUAUUCCUAAAAUAUUUUGUUCUUUAGAAAACCCAUCUGAGUUUUGCUAGAGCUCGUUCGCAGAAGAUCACAAAACUUUAUCGUAAUCGACCAGGAGAAACAUAAAAUCAAAGCAAUUUACAUUUGAACCCCAUGCGACAGGAUUUUUUGUGUAAACACUGAUUUACGUCAUCAGUAUGGAAUUUCUGUCGCUAAGUCGCUGACGUUACUCCUGGCGAAACAUCCCUGGCGGCGAGGAGCCAUGAGAAAAAACGGACUAGGCUAGGAAAAAACGGACUACCGUACCUUUUCAGAUUUUUCUUUGUUCCUGGAAAUUUGUGUUCUAUUUCGUCAAAGCCAUCUUUGAUAUCAGUUUCAGGCAUUCGUAGUCGUUUUUUUGGUAAACGGAAUUGAUUUGUACAAAUGGUAAGCGCGAUUCCGGGACGGAAUUUACCAGUCGGGAAUUUUGUUUACCAUUUGCCCAAACCGAAUCGAUUUAUUAAGCUUGCGCAUGGAUCUUCUGUUCCCCGAUUUUUAUACCAAAGAUAGCACUACCCCUUCUCUCUUCAAAACUAUUUUUGCAGUUGUAGGAUAUAUGUAUGCAGUUAUAGGAUUAAUUUUGCCCUUUCCAUAUUUUUUCGUUUAUUCAGUGUUUCAUUUAGAAUAAUGUGAAAACCUCUCUACAGUUUCCAGCGUUUUGAAAGAUAAUUUGAAAAGCUUUUUCCUUUAUGCAAGCUGUUUCGUUGAAUAAUAAGCCUGGCAUUGAUUGGAAGCAGGUAUUGUGUACUCUAUCGAACGUAUCAUAGAACGUAUCAUGAUUGAUUCUCCUCAACACAGUGUAGUUAACUCAUUUUUGAGGUAUAGGAGUUCACGCGUAGGCCUUUGUCGUCAAAGAUACAAGGUAAUGGGUGUUAAAGAUUGUCUCAACGCUUGCUAAAGGUUUGUUACAGUGAACUUUCUUUUUAUCCUAGGGGGUAAAACGUACACUGGAAAGGCUCUAGAAGUUGCUCAUCACAAUGUUCUGAGACCUGCCAUUGAUAAUCCGGUCAGCGAAAAGGAAACGGUUCAGGUAAUAAUCAACGGGGGCAAUCUCGCCGUAGCCUAGCUACUAAUCUGCAAUGGAAAUAACGUUUCCCUAGCAAAAGAGCUACGCCACUGCCAUUUUGACUUGCUAACUUUUUGACAAAUCGUUUUCCAAGUUGUACUUGUUACUUUGGAAUGCAGAUGAUUUUCUUGAAAGGUGCUAAUUUUCAACACAAACGCAAACUUUGCAGCACACUGGCAAAUACAAUAAACGCUCACAAAAAAGUAGUUUUCGGCAGUAUUAACCCUGCAACACCCAAAAGUGGUUGUCAUCUAACUUCUCAACAUCGAUUCGUCAAUCAGCAAACACGUGACGAGACAAGGCAAAUGCAUCAGCUAGAGGAUUUCAUCUUCAUAUUCCCCAAAUACGCCGAUUCAGGGAAAAACCGGAAGUUGCAUGGAAGCGAGGCCUAAGGGCCCUCAUACUCAAAAUGGCGACGUAACAAGAUUCUUGUAAGCAAAAUAAGACGAGUGCUGCACCCACAUAAAAUAAUCGAAGUGAAAAUCGGCCGGAUAUCACCUAUAUACCAAAAACGUUUCAUCAGAUCCUGAAUCAAGUAGAAGAUGGGAAAAAGGAAUAUUGUUGUUCAGAGCAUUUCGUACCAAACGACUACAAAAUUAGUCUCGCCGGACAUAGAAAGGUCGACUUAAAAACAGGCGGCAUCCCUUGCUGUUUCAGCUUCGUCUUCAGCGAAAUCAAAUGUUAAAGAAUAACGGGGACAUAAGGAAAAGUAUCCCAUGAGAAAAAAAAAAGGUCAGAAGAAUCGUCAUUGAACGAUAAAGUACAAGCUGUUAAUUUAUAGGUCAUCCAGCGAUCGAACAAUUUGCUGAGGCGAAACGUUUAGAAGUGGAAAUCCUUAAAAAAAUAAGUUCCUAAAGCAACGAAGAAGGAUUAAGUUUUCACGUUUGGUCUGUUUUUGAACGCGUUUUGUAAAACCCAGAUGAUAUUCACUUAGUCUACACUGGGUUUCGAGAUUAUGAAACUUUACUUUACGUUUAGCGUUUUGGAAGUAUUAUAGAACCAAGCAUUUCCCGUCUAACUUAUUAUAGCAUUAUAGCAGUGUGAGAGAUGUCACUCAGGUGAAUACUGACGAUGUUUUCCAUUCAUAAAUACACCUGGAAAAAACGUUUUUGAAAUUUUUACUUUUGGGGGGAAGGGAAUGGAUAUAAGGUAUAAUAUCACAGACAAUUAUGGUAAGUAUGCAAACAUUUAAUUUGUUCAGAUAGAUUAUAAUAAGGGAUUCUUCACAUGUAGGAUCAGAGUGAAUAAAGGACCUGUGCUAACAAUAACCCAAGCCAACUUGCUUGAUUUACAAAAACUAUUCUAACUUGAGGUCAUACCACAGGCCAAACUUGAGCCUGGGGUAUGGUAAUUCUGGUAAAAUGUAUUGGUCAAAAAAGUUCUAAAGGUGUACUAAUUUCUCCUUCCAUGAUGCCAUAAUAAAAGGUACCUGUUGCUGAAACAAUUCCUUGUUGAUCCAUGCUGAAGGGCUGAUCUAUCAAAUGAUUUGUGUUCAAGUUCAGGUCAAUUACAGUAUCUGUAUUGUUGACUGUGUUCAAUUGGCUCAUUGAGACAAGAUUGUAUUUUUUUGACACAUGAGAUCUUGAAACUGAUUUGUGGUCGCAUCAACCAUGUAGUGAUUGUUAAAUUGACUUGAGUCACUGUUGUAUUUGUUAAAUAUGGCUUUGGUUGGAGAACAGAAGUAUAUAUACUAUUGUCUGUAGAAGAAGUAGAUGUGAGUAAAAUCUUUCAUUUGCAUUUGUAGAGCAAAUCCUUUAGCGGCAAUUUCAAUUAGGGAAUUCAUAAGUACUAUAUCAGAAACAUUGGGAUUCAUCUUUUAAAAGGGAAGACCUUUGUUAACUCUGACAAUGUUCACUUUGAAUUUUUCAACAGCCUAGGGGUCUAACGUUCUCAAUUUCAAAGGACAGGGAUCAUAAAAAGUAGACAACACGCCCUCCCUCUUAUGACCUGGUGUGUAUGCAUGAUGCCUUGGCUUGAUAAGCUUUAAGGCCAUGAUUGACCGCUAAUGUUCCACUGUUCGUCUACCUGGAAUUCCCCGUUUUCUUGACAAAGAAGUGCAGGGAACGUCAUUCUCGCAUUAAUUUUCAUUUCAUUGUUCCAUGACAUUUCAUCCAAUUUCCAUUUAACUGUCAAGACAUGGCAACUACAGCCGCUCCUACCAGCAGGACAUAAUAAAUCAUACGCGGCUAGUCAUAAGUUUGGAUUUUCCAACUGGGUUAACAAUCAUACGUGCUUUAUAUUUGACACAAUAUUUUUUGUAGGAGGAACAACAAAAAGCCAUGGCCUAACGUAAAAAACGUCGUUAUCAACGGGUUUAGAUACUUCAUGAUGAAGAUCAUGUACAACAUUUCCUCAAUGGCAUACGUAGAGAGAGAUUUUUUCAGUAAUUUUGCCGCAAUCCUUAAGGUGAUGUUGGGUAUCGGUCAGUGGAACAACACUGAGUAUUGACACUGGAGUUGGGCCUGGUGAAGCCUUUGCCUAGGUCAGGAUCAUAAACUUUAUCUCUAUUUUGAGACAUAACAUUAAGGUUCUUGACUCUCUGGGCCAGGAAACAAAUGAAUUUAUCGUAUCUUUCGGUCGUUUGUAAAGUUAUAAAAUCAUUUCACCUUAAACUUAACUUUCGUAAAGGACUUUCUUGUUACCAACUUGGUUUAUUCUUCUACAUUUUUAUCAGAAUUUUGCCUGGUUUACUUUCAACCUGCAAAUUUUUAAGCUCCCGUUCUUUCCUAAGGUGUCAAUUUGACAACUUCAAUAUUUACUUGCUCCGUCUUGAAACUUUCUUCGACAACCAUUUAUUUUUACCGCCAGGCGCCGCGAGGGCCGAAGGGCCCUUAGGCCUCGCUUCCAUGCAACUUCCGGUUUUUUCCUGGAUCGGCGUAUUCCCUUAACUAGUGUCCAACGUAAUAUGAAGACGCCGAAAGGAGAAUUUUUAUCAGAGCUCGUGAUUUAAAGGGUUAAGUUGUAGAGGACACUUUUACCUUUCAUUUACACAAUUGAUCACGGUAGCGGAUUCACAGUAUUGUCUUUUUUAAAAGAAUUUUCUUGAAGAUUCGGUGUAAACAGCAAAAGGAACUUAGGCCGGUUUCAAACGUCGUGCUACCGCCGUGCCAAACUCAGUUGAUCGACUUUAGCACGGCAGUAGCGCGACGUUUGAAACCAAGUCGUGGCAAGCCUUUCCGUGCUACACGGCAGUAGCUCGACUUGGUUUCAAACGCCGUGCUACCUUAGACAGCGCAGAUUCUCUUGUUAUUAUUAAUCUUGAGCGUGUUUUUUUUGCUUUCAACGAUUUUUAUCUUGCUGUUGCUACUUCUACUUUUAGAUCGUCAUUUUACUCACAGAUGGAAAAUCAAACGACCGUGACAAAACGGCUUUGGAUCGUGCCGUAAAAAAUUUGAAAAAUGAUAUACCAGGUAACUUUUCAAUAUUGCUUUCAUGUUUGCUUCUUUCCUGCCAUGUCCUAUCACUUAAAGAGUAUUAUCUGAUGCUUGUUAGAUCUUGUUAGAUCUUGUUAGGCUUGGGCUUGCCAUUCCGGAUCGAGUCACGUAAUUCUCCCGUGCGUGACUUUGGCCUGAGCGGCUGCGAGGGAGACUACUCUGUCUGCAGUCUUCAGAGAAGGUAAAUUAAGUUUUUUUGUUGCCCAAAUUGUAUGGUAGGGACCUAACUUUUUCACCGCAAAAGGGUUAGUUUAGCCUUCCAGCUGCUCGCUUCCACCAUAGUUAGUAGGGGAGACUGGUUAUGAAAGCCGGCAAACAUCAAAGUUGAAAACAACGGUGCUGUAGUUUAUGUUGGAAGCUCCCUGUCUUUGCACAAUCCUGUGUUUUUGCUUCAUAAAUUGUGACUGAAUAAAUUAAUGCCAUGCUUCUGUUUGUCAGUGAGUUUAAAAUGAUAGGAAUGCUAUUGAACGUUGUGCACGGUCAGGUCCAAAAAAGCUAACAAAUACAUAUAACAAAGGAGUCUAACGGGUUUCAUAACAAUUCCACUUUAAUCACUGUGCUUCCACUAACACACCCAGCAAAUAGAUCAGGUUUCUUUUUGAGUCGUAUACGGUGAAAUGAUCUCCGCUCCAUGAUUAUUGAAUUCCUGAUCAAAUCUAACAUUUUUUUAUAGAUUUAGCCAAGGCUGAAAACGAAACUCUCGCGGCGAAUUUUUUAAGCAAGAAGAAACUGAAUUCCUUCGGGAAAAAUGGCCCUGAGAUUGUGAUCAAUUAAAAACCAAUAACAGGUCAGCGGAAAACUUUAAAAAAACGUCAACUCAUUUAGUUGUACGCCUAAGCAUGUGACAAUGGACAGCGGUUAUCCUAUUUUAACAGCUGCCAAUUGACCAUAAAAAGAAUGUCCUAUAUCAAGUUAAUCACAUUGUAUUUGACUAGGAGUCCAAAUUAAAAAGUGACAUUUCACAUUCGCUAACGUGAAGAGGCCGACGUAGAAUAAUUUCUUAGAAGUACAGAUAACCAAAUUCGAUUACCCAUGGUGCUCCGUUAAAGUAUCACUAGUUAUAGUUGACACUACAGCUGCCCCCGUUCUGUAUAUUGCCGGUCAAUAGUAUUCUUGCUCGUUGUGUAGCUCUUUGAAAUAUACCGAUUCAUAAUGAAGAUUUUCACACAGAUUCCAUAAAAUAGGUGACAUAAAUACAGGAAACGCAAGGUUCCUUGCACAGUUUACAGUUCUCAGUUUCGAAAAUAGUUUAUUCUAAACCAUAAGAAAAGAUUUAAGUAGAAGUUGAAGUUUUCGCUAUUUCUCUUUCACUUUUUACAUUCAGUUCAUUUUAUUUGCCGGAAAGUAAGCCUUAGAAAUUAAAAGGACUUUUGAUCGAUUCACGCUCGCGCUUUCUAGUCUUAUUUGAAACUUUGGGCAUCUGUGAGCAGGGAAUAAGUCAGCACAGAAUUUGAUUGUCAGCGAAUGUCUGUAAUCGUCCAUCGUUCUGCUAGUGAUAAGCUAGCCGUUGUUCACUCGUCUUACUUGUUUGGGGCUGAGUCUUAUUCCGGUCAAAGAGAGAGAAAGAGUGUCUGGCAAGGUUUCCAAUAUAAAUCAAAGAUUUGCGAACUCGUGUCUGGCAAACUUUCCCAGUGUUUAUAUAUAUACAGUUAAACGCACCUUAUAACCUCAUCAGCGCUUAACGAGUGUCUUUUGGUCCAUAACUUUCAAAGCAACUGCUCCACAGAAUGUCACUGCGUAACGCAAAAGAGUAUCGAAGUAUGACUGCACAAUAAAUAUCACAAAAUCUACCUGAGCGGUCCCUUCGGGAUUUUAUCAUCCUAACCAUUUUGUACUUGCGGGCGCAAACAAUAGAAACGUCAUCAUUACCUACCGAUUCCUCACGGCCCCUGUUCAAGCAAAUGGAGAUUUUUUCUAUAUUGACUGUACGACUGUAAAUUUCAACUGUAAGUACUUUCAUUAAUAUACGCGCGAGUUACUAGAGUGCCUCCUCGGGAUUUCGCCUUCUGGGCGAAAUCACUGCCGGGGGCAAUAACAAAACAAACCAAACCAUACCAUAUUUACAUACCAUACAGGCUUCUACUCAAUUUUGUGGGGAGCCUAAAGACCUCUUCUUAGUACAAAAAAUACUGUUCUUGGCCAUAAUCUGACAUGUUUCAUUUUAGACCUUACGAUAAUUGCUGUGGGGGUUGGUGCGUACAAUCGUAAUGAGUUGAAGUUCAUUGCGACCGACGGAAAAAGACACGUCUUUACUGCCAAGAGCUUUGAUAAGCUUCUCGAAUUGGUAAAGGCACUAAGGAGGAAAGCCUGCAGUGGUAAGUGUGCCAUUAUAUACAGUCUGCUCUCGCUUUGCGGACAUCCCGAUAUGACAGACACCCCAAUAAAACGGACAGCAGCUAAAUCCCCGCGAAAUCAAAUUACAGACGUUUGACUGAAAUAAACUCCCGCUAUUACGGAGUCUCGCUAAUGAGGACACUGACUCGAGGUCCCUACAGUGUCCACAAUAAAGGGAGUUGACUGUAGUAACACUUUUUAAGAGACAUAACGAUCCUUCGGAAAAGAACGGAUCGGUUCUCGAAGUAAUUAGAUAGCCUAAUCUCUCAGUUACCGAUCGGAAGCCGCAUGAUUUCAAGCUUUGGGAGGAACUGAGAACAAAAUAUUUAUCUAAACAUCAUUGAAAUUCCAGGUGGGUUUUCGCACGAAAACAUGAUAUCUUGACACGUGAAAAUAACAUGGCAUCUUCACACGUCAAAAUAACAAGUUAGCUUCCAACGUGAAAAUAACAAGUUACCUUUCUCACGUGAAAAGAUUACCAUUGCUGUGGUUUGGAAUUUCAUUGGUAUUUAUACAAUGGCCUUUUUGAGAUACGAAAUUUCUCUUUGUUGAAAAAUCGCGUGAACGAUUUUAAGAUAAUUUUUCAACACAAACAAAUUGACACAGCAUGUUUCUAAAGAUUUUCCAAUUUUCAGACGACGGGGAAAUGAGUAAAUAAAGUAAACUUGUCCAGUUUUUCAACUCAAAACAUUUUCAAAAUCGUGCUUGCGUCAUUACCGUGCGCACAGCAAAACAACUUGACGUCACAACCAUGUUUACAUACUCUCAUGUGAACACGCCUCUCGGCCAAUCAGAGUGCGCGUACUAUCUUAGUUAUUUUUAUAAUAGCAGGUUAGAGGACUCCACGAGAUGUUUGUCACAUGGGAUUUUAAGUCGUCAGCUCGUUUAUUUUAUUUUAUUUUAUUGUGGUCGCUUUGAGAUAUUUACUUUCAGGUAUGUUGUCCUUCGUUGGACGAAGCGGGAAAGGUCGAACCUUGUGGCCUUCGCAGAAUGGGUUUUUUAGGGCUUGAUCCAGUCCCUAGUCAGAUCUCCUGCCGAGUGUUUUAUCCAUAUUGGGUUUUCUCUGACAGGAUUUUUCUGGCUCCUGUUCUGAAAGCUGUUUUUCUGCCAUAAACUUCCGCGCAACUCUGUUCUGCCAGAUACUUAUCCGUAAUUUGAAUGUGGUUUUUAUCUUAUUGAACAGUUCCCGGUACACGGCCAAAACUGCCACAAAAUGUUCCUUUUUUCAUGUUGUACGACUUAGUGGGGUUGAAAUUUGGAGUGCCGUAUAACGUUUUGGUCUUUUUUUUUUCAGCACCAGUGUACAUGGGUCUUAAUUUCACCAACACGGGUGACACCACAGAAGUCGUGGCUUUCGUUUCUCCUAACAAGGCUCGAUUCUUCACCCUAUCCGCGGAGCACUUCUUUGGAGUUGAGAAGAUAUAUAUCGAUGUAAGAGGUGUUCGUUUUUCCUUUUUCCGAUCCAACUUUGUAUCAUACAAGCUUGAAAUAAUGUUAUAAUUUCCAAAGUUCGAAACAUUUUGAACCUACUUGAUCCAAGCGUGUCCAGUACUGGGAUUUCAAGGCUGCUUAAGGUCUCGGUAAAGGAAAACGAGGUGCCCACAGAGAAAAAUUCUAGUUGCGCGAGUAUUUUCGCUACAAAGGCAAGUUAUAUAUCAAAUUAAAGCUAAAAGACUAAAUUACCUUAUAAAAUAUUUUAUUUCAUCGAAUUUCAAAAGGCGCUUAAGUUUUUUGCUCUCGAACUCAGAGGUAUCGAGUUUACUGCUGAAGCUCCAGCCCUUUCGCGUUGUUAAAUAUUCACUUUCUUUUUAUUGCAUCUGAUUGACGGAUAAAAGACCUAAAAAAGGGUGUGAGGAAAUUUGCAUAUGUCUCGUAUUAGGGGAAUUAUUACAUUUCAAACUAAAAAGUCGAAUCUCGAGCGCGAUUUACGCAAAGAAACUGACAUAAAAUGAGUUACAAAGGGAAAUCGGAAAAUUCCUCACACCUUUUUUGAGUCUAUAUCAUUAUCCAUCAUAUCUGAAAGUUUCAAAGCGAUAGCUUAAAACCUGUCCCGACAGGAGGUCGGAGAAUUUUGAUUUUUGCGUCUGAAAUAGAGUGAGAGAAAAUCAGCUCUAAAGACUUAGCGCGAGGUCCACGCUUGGCUGGUUAGCUCAGAAAAAGCUCAUUUUAGAAGGGUUAAAAAGCACUUUCUGAUUUUCUUUUUCUGCCAAAAUAAAAUUUAGGACCCACUCAUGCCAAAAAUCCCAAAAAAACAAAAUCGAGCAAUGUACUAAAAUUUUCAUUUACCGAGACCUUAACUUUAACUCUGUUAUAGAUAAUUCCACAAUACGGAACAGUGUCUGUGUAUGCGUCAAGAAUAACUGAUGCGCCAGGACCUGAUAACUAUACUCAGAAAGUUGGCCCCGCAGGUAAGCUUACAGGCCAAGAUUAUAUGAAUUCCUAUUUCUUAUAACUUGAACACUCGUCUCUGUUUUUUGUUUUUGUUUUAUCGGAACGCUUUAAAACUUUCAAAUUCAUGACUUUUUUAAACAUCGAGCAACUAGCAGAACUGAAAAACGUAUGACAAAAUCACCUGGUUACGAUCAAGGGUUGUAGCCAAAGUCGCACCUAUCCUUGAACCUAAAGCGUCAUCAUCGAUCUGAAUUGUACCUCUGUUCAGUUUAUUAACAAAUGUUAAUCUAUAGAGAUAAACAUUUAUUAAAAUAAUGCAUAAUUGAGUUGAAGUGUGUAGUAAACAGACGCUGGGACAAAACUACUGCUACCGUGGCUUCUAUUCUGUUCCAUUCAUUGAGUGGAAGCUAACGUUUUGAGAGACAUUAGUGAAAAGUUGAAUUGAUUGCAUGAUAAUCUCAAGCUGUUGAUAGACGAAGUUGAUGAUUUUUUCAUUGAGAGAAAUUACCUAGUUUAAAUAACGUUCAUCAAAGUAGAGGGAUUUCACAAGAGAUUCAAACUUUAGAACCACACACGGUACUUUUUACCACCGACUAUCCUGUUUAUGUUGUAGUUAAGACUGUUUUUCUGUUGCCUUUUUAAAGGAGAAGGAGAUGACCUACAGAUUGAGUUUACAGACCUUUGUGCUGGUAAUCAUUUAAAGUAGUUCUUUAUAAAGUGUUUAAGAGCAGGAAAGUGUUGAUCCUCAUCCCCGAGACUUGAACUAUGAUCCUCUGCAUGGGUAUUUCCGAGAAAAUCGAAGUAGCGACGGUAGCCAUUAAUGAAGCGAUGAUUUUAAAGGUUAAGGAGACGAUUGCGAUUGCCAUUCCAAUCAAGUCUGACAACGUUAACUUAUCCUGCCAAAAAGUAUGUUUCCUUCGGCGUUGUUUGCACUUAGCUCGGUACCACAAUUCUUGAUAUGCGACGAUUUCGCAUGAAAAACCAACGAUUUGAUAGAAAACGCGAGACGAAGUCGACGUCCGCGAUUACCCAAACACUCUAUCAAUGUCAGACUUGCAUUCAGCGCCUACCAUUGUAAAUAGCAAACUGCAAGGAAUCUCUUUAGUCUAAUAGUUCUGAACUAGAGCAAAGCUAGGUUAACACUAGACGAGAUUUUUCCGCAUUCGUAAUUAUUUCCGGAUUUAUUCCAUUUAGGUUGAUACUAAUUAACAAUUAUUCGAAGAGGUUUUUCAAAAUAUCGUAGUUGUCCGUGGCGACCAGAUCUGCUCGCCACUGACAAGUCACGAUAUUUUGCGAUAACCAAGUUUAAUAAUGGUUUUAUCAUUCCAUCAUCAAGUUUGUUUUGCUAUUUUUGGUCUGAGCGUAUGUAUGUUUGUGGCUUUGUGGCUUUGUAUGUUCGGAUGUUUGUUGCUGGAGUAAAUAAGUUUGAAGGUACUAUGAGUUGAUGCUUAAGAACCAAUGAGAUCUUGGCAGCUAUUAAACAUGGCACUGCUAAAGGUCAAACAAGGGCACUUUGAGACCGCCAUCUCGAUUCCUCACAAUUUUUUCGUCUUUUAUUACGGCUACCGGUGUUUAAAAGCAUUACAUUAAAUAUCUUCAUGAUUCAAACGCUGUGUGUGCUGAUACAGCUGUUUAAGGUCCGAUUCAGACCCCGAUCUCUUCCUGAGCCGAACCGGAUUCCAAUUAAGGCCGACCCAAAUUAUUUAGAUCGGCUGAAUUGAUUCAGACGCCGAUCUUAAUUACAGCUGAAUUAAGUUCAAAAGGCGAGAAAUGCUCAUUUCGGUCAAACUGCUUACAAAAUACGUUAUAAUAAUUUAUGCAUUAGGUUCGGUACAUGAAAAGCUCGGCGUCUGAAUCAAAGCUGUUCCAAGGUCGCUCCAAAGGCGAAAUUCUCGGCCAGGCUAGGCGAAAAGAACGGCUGAGCCGUUCCAAAUUGAAACAGGCCUUACUAACUGAUUCAGACGCCGAACUUUUCAUGCACAUAAUUCAAUGUAUUAGGUUCGGCUCAUGAAAAGUUCGGCGUCCGAAUAUUUUAGUGUGGAUGCUGCUUUAAGACAUCUCUGACCUAACUCGGCUAUCGCAAACGGCAGAACGCACGUAUUUGUGAUAAUAAUUGUAGCGGAGAAGUGCGAAGCGAAGCGCGCGCGUGGACGGAGCCCCAUAGCUAAGGAAAUCUACCCAUCCCUGAAAAUUUGGUAAUCACGUGACCGUACACCGACCGACCGACCGACAAGGUAUCCGCUGACCAGAAUCACCCGACGGUAUCGCGGGUUCAGAUGUCGAUCCAUCGAGGUCAAGUACUUUUUUGAAGUUAUCCGCUGACAAUUUUGCUAGUUUUUCAAAUGAUCGGAGGCUCAAGUUCAUUUCUAUGUUUUAAUUCAUAUGAAAUAUGUUGUGUUUAUGUCUCUAUGGCCCCACACUAUUACGAUUUUGACUUCAAACUAACCUCGGACGCGAAAAUUCAGCCAUUUAAUUAGAAAUACAGGCGCGGAAGACCUUUUCUUACCAAGGUCACGCGUUGGUCACGCUCUACGUCCAAUUUCUAUACUCUGUUUGGUCAAAAUUUGACAGGUGAGUUCAUGCAGAAAAUUUAUGCAGCAUCUUGAAACUUGUUUAUUUUGACAUCUAAAGCUGACAGAGUUUUGUGUCAACUUGUGAUGUUUUUAACCGUCUUUCUCCACUGGAUUUACGAAAUGGAAUACAGCUGCUAUCAAGAGUCUUCUGUUAUUCAUGGCUAGUUUGUUUACUGUUUUUUUGGUUGAGAGAUGCGUCGCUUGUCAAAGUCGAAAAUCCGAUUUUGGAUGGCAUCGUUUUCGUUUUUUACCUUGCUUGAUGCGUAAGAGGGUUCAAAAGUCUCUAGCGGUUCUGACCUUACUUCGUAGCUUUCAGGAGCUGCAUCUCGAAUGGUAAGCCUGAGUAAUUAUUGUAUUUGAUGUUUGUUUUUUUUAUAUCUAAUUUCAUGAAGUCGAGCACACUUGAAACUUGUUUACUUUGACAGCUGAAGCUGACAGAGUUUUGUGUCAACUUGUGAUGUUUUUAACCGUCUUUUUCCACUGGAUGUACAAAAUGAAAUACGGCUUCUAUCAAGAGUCUUCUGUUAUUCAUGGCUGGUUUGGCUGGUUUGUUUAUUGGGUUUUUGGUUGAGAAAUGCACCGCUUGUCAAAAUUCGGUUAUCCGAUUUCGGAUGGCAUCUUUUUCGUUUUUCACCCUGCUUUAAUAAUGCGUAAGAGGGUAUAACAGUCUCAAGCAACUGUUGUCUUCCUUGAUAGCUUUCAGGAACUGAAUCUCGGAUGGUAAGCCUGAGUAAUUAUUGUAUUUGAUGUUUGUUUUUGUUAUAUCAAAUUUCAUAGCUUUUCAUGAAGUCGAUCACAGUUAAUGCGGCAAGUUUAUGCACGUUUGUAAGAUUUGAGUCAAUGAUCUGACAAGGUAUCAGGUUUUAUAUAAGCUUACAGAACUUUAAAAGGCGUUAAGAUAUAUUUUCUCACCUCAAAUAGAAAAAGAACGUUCCGAAUAAUAUUUAGUUAUAAAUUAGGCUGUAGAAAGAAAACUUUGAGCGAUUUUACUAUCUUACCCCCCCCCUCCCUAUUUUUCCCUACCCACAAUUCUUUCUUUAACACAAGUGACAGUUAUUUUUUUAUUUUUUUUUAUUUAUUUUUUUUUAUUUUACAUUUAUUGACAAAACACAUAUUACAGUUGCAAAAUUUAAAACUAAAAGAAAGUAUAUAACGAUAUUACAGAUUGGAUUAAACUUACGUAAAGACGAGAAAGAAUAAUACAGCAGUUAUAACUCGCACAAUAACGUUAGACCUGGUAAUUAACAGAUUAUUCCGGUAAGAUGGAUACCUAGUAACUAAUUGAGGGGGUGUUUCGAAAUCGUACCUCCAACUGAUUUUAGCCUUAAAUUCAUCCAAAGAUAAAUCUUUAGGAGCUAACUUAUCUCUGUACAAGUAAUAUUUAGCAAACAAAAGAGUAAAAUCGAGCUUUUUGACAAUUGCCGAUGAGCUUUGAUUCUUUCUAUCAUUAUUACGACCAAAAAUUAAUUCACUUGAGGAUGGUGCAAAGGAGGUGGCAUUUUCGACGUUGAACCAUUUGAUUACUUCUGAAAAAACCACUUGGUCCAGUGGCAGUUACCCAAAUUAUGAAUUAUUGAAUCAUUUUGUCUGCAGUAAGGACAAAGCGCAAGUGACAGUUAUUUGAAAUCAGCGCGCGCCUAAAGCUGGUUUCGGUGCCGUUUAGCAGUUUAGUUUUAAAUAUUGGUCACCUUGAGAAAAGUUUCCGUUUCCCGGGGAGCAUCAUGUAAAGCCCUGAGAUGGGACAAAGGUAUUACGAUUCGCAGAGUCUGCAUAGUCCAAUAUCGUAUUAUAUUCUCGUUUCAUUUGGCUAAACGGAUCAAUCAUCCUGAUCCGAGCUGAGACAGAAAGGUACGAUAUUGUUCGCUUUUCUAGGGUGACCACUAAGUCUGUGGCUUCGGGAACAGGCUCUUAGGAGUCAAAUGAAUUAGGUGAGAGCAAAAUUGCCGGUGAACUUUGACCCGGGUGAAGAGUUAGUUUUUUUUUGGUGUGAAAACAAGGCUAAGGUGGUCCGCCGACCGUUUGCCUUUACAUCAGGGAACUUGAAUAAGACGAGUGUAAGAGAAAAGUCCAGAGGUGUUUAUCUGGCAAUAGGCUGAGUUUUUCCGAGUUAUUCGAUGAUAUUUCGCUCAUGUUAAACGUCAGAAGAUUAUGCGUGGUUGUGGAUAGUCUUAUCACUGCCUUGAAAGUGUGUGAUUGUGUGAUUUCCGCACGGUGUUGACAGGUAUGUGAUCGCGUGGUUGAACUGCAGUUUCGCCAAAAUAUUCUGUGCCAGCCAUUAAUAUUGUUUCGUCGGUGUUUAGCUUAGCUAAAUUGCACCUUGGAAAAGCAACUCUCGACUCAGGAAAAUUGGAUCUAGGUCUAGUUUCAGCGCGCUCUAAUGGCAUUGCACGAUAGGCCGGUUUUUGGACUGCGGAUAACUGAUUUGUGGAUUACAAGUUCAUUGUUUGAUUGAAAUUAUAAAUUUAUUAAUAGGAGCUUCGCUUUUAGCCCUGGCUAAAUCUAUAUAUUAGUAACUUGAGCGUAUGAAGAUAUCUUUAGUUUUUCGAAGUUUUGUAACUAGUGCCUAAGCAAAGAAUCUUUUCUUUUAACAAGCAGUAACUUAUAACACCUUCAUUAAAGUAGAAUCGCACGUGACAACCUCGUGAAUAGUGAUGAUGCAACCAUCUAAAACAAUGAUGAAAAGCGUGACAUUUCUUAGCUAUUCAGUAUCCGACGAGCUUCAUUAUUCUAAGAAACCUUGAAACCUUCGAUUCUUCCCUCUAAGCAACUUUUGGUGACUUGAUAUUCAUAGUACUUUAACAAUUUGUUCAUUUUGCACCAGAUGUGAGAAGGAAAGAGAAAGAAAAGUGAAUCUAUAGUAUGAGGAUCGAAUCAGAUAUGUGCAGCGGUUCUCGUUUUCAUUAGCGUACAGCAAUACCCAAUUUCGCACAAAACACAGCCUUAAUUUAGGAUUAAAACAGUAGAUUGCCGAUACUGUUACACUGAAGCAUUCAAAAUAGCUCAUGCACGUAAAACGUGCCUAUGUUUUAAUGAAUAUCUUCUGGAAGCGAAGCGAUCUGCCACUUUUCAAGCAAGAGCGAUCGCAAGAAGGAGAAAAGCGUGGUUUCGUUUGUGCAUGAGCAGAAUAUUAUUUGCAGCCAUGAGCAGACCAUUAUUUGUAGACAGUUAUUUGCAGGUCACGUGGUGGGCUUUCGGCAAAUGAAAAGAAAAAUUUGCAUCGAAUGAUAAAACGUAUUCAAUUUCCCAACCUGUAAAAAUGAGUCGAUAAAUCCGAGAACAUUCAUUUGGGAAGGGUUACCAAGCAGUUUGGUUUUACCGCCAAUUCAUAUGAUCGCAGACCGGAAAGAGUAACUGUAUUCGUUGGUAAUAUUUUUUAAACUUCAAAACAUAUGCAGAUUGAACUUGAAUCAGAUACAAAGUAAUUGCUUUAGAUUCCCGAUUCAAAACCUCCGAUACGCGACAAGACCAGUACGAUUUCCACAGUGUGGUAUCCGCGUUUUUCCCUGACAAUUCAAGUAUGUACGUGUAAACUGAGAAACGAAUCCGGUACCAAAAUGAGCUGGAUUCGUUAAACGAAACCGGGAAAAUCGUCUCUGAUGUAUACCUAGGAUAUAAGUGAAACACGAAGAGAUUUUUGCUAUUAUAAGGUAAAUGAACCUGAAAGGUUUUGGUACAUCUCUUUGUAUUAAAGGGACAUAGUCAGCUAUGGGACUGCGCUGACCUGGACACUACUUUUGCCAGUUUGAAAAGCGUUUACCUCAACCCGAAAUCAAAUGUUCGCGUCGGAUACAUCUAGAAAUCCGCUUCAAUCUUGCCUAGUGUUUCAUUCGAUCCUCGAUCUUUAAUAAAAACCUCUUUUUGAGCAAACGUUAACUCAUCCUAUAACAUUAUUUUAUCAUAUUUGGUUAAAAACAGUAUCCAAAGGAAUAUGAAAAGAAGAAGUGAGAAA